AUGAUGCGAGACGAGUGGCGUUCGCGCCUGGAAAACGUGUUCCUCCGGCCUCCAUCCAAGGGUCCCGAGCCAUGGACGUCGAUUCCCAAACAAAGCAAGCCGCCUGAACCGAGCCAUGACAAGGCCGAGGCCGAGGCCGCGGUAGAGGAGAAACCUGUCAAAGAAGUUGACGCCUCACGCCGGCGGAGUAGCCGGAUCAUAGGUAAAGAUGAAGAAGAUGGCCACCCGUCUGCGGUCAUGACACGAAGGAGUCGCCGCAAUUAUGCCGAGCCUCCUACCGAUGCCGAAGACGAUUCGGAUUCGGAUUCGAGGGGAGAUGAUGGUGACGACGUGGACAUGGCAGACGUGGAAUUACGAGAUUCUUCCAAUGCGCAUGGUGAUCAUAUUCAAGGUUUGUGUCGCCGCGUGGAACUGACGAUUGAAAACCAUAAGCUCGCAGAGUUGCAGUACGACAUGGACGAUUUUGUCGACGGAGCCAGCUCAGAUGAAUCAUCCAGCGAUUCUGACUUUAUCUGA